AUGCCUCGACGUCCGCGUCUUGCAGCACAGGCCGCGGCGGCUUCAAUGCGAACUCCCGUCCCCAAUUUAUCGGAUAAUGAGGACGAGGAAAUGCCAGAUGCCACACACACAGAAGCGCGCACACCACAACAAGAUGAAGCUGAUGGCACAAACGAGGAAGAAAACGAUGCCGAGGAGGCCCCAACCCCUUCACGAGACUCGGAACAACCUUCACGAUCAGCGACACCUCGACGCUCAGGCCGACAGUCAUCCCUUCUUCCACGAAGAAGGAGGUUAGGGAGACCACCCAAACGUUCCAUGCCUGCGGCUUCAGACGACGAGAACAACGACGCUGCGUCCGAAGUGAGCACUCCCAAGCGAAGAGGCGGAUUCCGCGGCCACAGAGGUGGGAGGUGGGCCAAGUAUCGGGCAGGCGGCUCCAGGCCGUCGCAAGCACCUGUCGACGCAGACGGAAAUCCGAUGGAGAUAGUCAAUGACGAAGUUGAACUACCAGAUGAUCCGGAAGGGGAACAAAAAGUGGACAGAAACGGGCAUCUUUUAGGCGGGAGAGAGUAUCGCGUGCGAACGUUCACCAUUCUGGGAAGAGGUGACAGACUUUACAUGCUUUCCACCGAGCCUGCGCGUUGCAUUGGCUUCCGCGACUCGUAUCUGUUCUUUCAGAAGCACCCAAACCUCUACAAGAUCAUCAUUGACGACGACGAAAAGCGAGAUCUCAUUGAACGAGACCUCAUACCCCAUUCCUACAAAGGUCGUGCGAUUGGUGUGGUUACUGCACGAUCAGUGUUUCGGGAAUUCGGCGCGAAAAUCGUGAUCGGAGGGAAGAAAGUGACCGACGACUAUGAGACACAGAAAGCACGAGAACGGGGAGAUGUCGAGGGCGAGUUGGCCGUUCCAGAAGAUCGCGUUCCGCCUCCAGGCGAACCUUACAACCGCAACCAAUACGUUGCAUGGCAUGGUGCCAGUGCCGUGUACCACACCAACACACCGAGUGUACCGCUGCCGAACGCCAAAUCACAGGAAGCAAAGAGACGGAGGAUUGUGGUGACGAGCGACAACUGGAUGCUCGAACAUGCAAGAGAAGCUAGCCGGUUCAAUUCGAUGCUGACAGCAGCGCGUCUGGAGAAUUUGAAUGGCGUAUAUGACAUCCAUACGAAUGCUAUGCACUGGCCUGGCCAUAUGCAACCUACCCAUGCUCGAUGGGAGGUUGUUGACGACUCUAAUCCCCCCGACAAUGGAGAGCAGACAUCUAAACUGCCUCCCCUGGACCCUGUUUACAGUCGGAAUUUUCGCAUUCAUGACAUUUGCCUGGAAUCGGCGCCCGAAUCCUGGUUCGGCAAGCCUGGUUCCACCGAAGAGGGCGAGGGUCUCUCUUCACUCCCUGCCACGAUCCUGGAAGAGCUCCCGGCGGACUGCCUCCAUGCCCUUGAAGAAGCCAAGGCACGGGAGGCAGAAUGGCGCGGAAAGUGGCAUACUGAACAGGAAGAUGGACUCAGAGCACGGUUUGUGUCAACGGUCGAUUGGUUCAACCACCGGAAGUGA